AUGAAACCACCACCAGCGGUGUUUGAAGACCUGGGCCUAGUUGUCAAGUGGGGAAUUCAGGUGGAAAUGUCCGAGGCCCAGUCUAUCUAUGCUGUGCACCGUUUCCUGAAAGACCGUGUACCAGUUCCUGAAGUAUACGGGUGGCGCACUGUUGGGGAUGAGAAGUUUAUUUACAUGCAAUAUAUGCAUGGACGGACUUUAGAGGAAGCCUGGGAUUCGCUGGAAGAUAAUGAACGCGAUACAGUCUGCCAUCAGCUCCGGACAGUUUUCGAUAAUCUCCGCCAGCUUGAACAAGAUCCUUCAGACCCAUUCAUAGGCAAUAUUAAGCGAUCUCCUCUUUACGACAGAGUAUUCCCUUUUAAUUACCUAUCGGAGGCCGGACCCUUCGCUUCAGUCCACGAGUUUCAUGAGUGGUUCACAUUUCUCUGUCGCAGACCGAUGGCCGAUCCGCACUCUAUUCCAAUUGAACCAUUUCGUCAUGAGCUGUCUGAUGAUAGCUCUAUCAAGUUCACCCACGGCGACUCCCAUCGCAGCAAUAUUAUUAUAACACAUUCUAAACCAUAUCGUGUCCUUGCUAUCGUCGACUGGGAACAGUCUGGCUGGCUACCUGAGUACUGGGAGGCCCGUAAAGCGCAGUACACUGUCGGUAGUGGGGAGUGGUCGACGAAAUAUUUGCCAAUGAUCCUAGAUCAAUACGCGAGCACUGCGGAUCCGUGGGAUUGGUAUACAUCGUCUUUGGGGUGUUAA